AUGGCUCUUCCGUGGGAGGGUCAACACGAGCUUGGCUCUUUGAUUGGCCUCUGUGAGGUCUUCGGCACCACUCCGCGACAGGCUGCACACCGCGCCAAAGAUUCCGACGUGGGCGAAGUUGGAGGUCAACAAUCGACCCCCUCCGCGGCCGGCCCGCCGCCCGAGACGUGUGCUCAGUUCGCCGCCGCGGCGUCACCAGACAGUUUUCCACCCAUCGAAAGCUCAAACCUGCUCAAUCCAUUCGGGCCGAACAUACGCUGGUCCCCUCGGCCUGAAACACGCACCCACUAG